AUUUAAUGGCGCGUUCAACAUACAGGUCGAGUUUUUGCAAGAGGGUGAAUAUUGCUUUACAUUAUGACAGAAAAAGUGAAAUACCUGUUCACAAUAGUUUUGGACAUGGACAUUACGGAACCUUCAGGUUACAAAGAUUUCAUGUGGGCAAUUCAUUUGCAUCAAUUAAACUUUGAAAUAUUAGGUUUAUGGCCCAAAGAUGACAUAUAUGAAAAGAAUAAUUUAUGGUCGAAAUUUCGUAUUAGCAUUAUUUUGUGUCUAAUAAUAUUUGUUGCCUUUGUUCCAACAAUAAAUGCGGUUAUACAAGUUUGGAGCAAUAUGAUACUGGUAAUAGACAACUUACGUAUUGCAUUAACUCUUCUAGCAGCAUUAUUGAAAUAUGUUACUAUACUACGGAAACGAACAGUUCUUUUGUCGAUUAUAAAUAUGAUGGCGAAAGAUUGGAUAACAUUCAAAUCGAAUACAGAGAGAGACAUGAUGAUAAAACAAGCACAAACUGCUCGAUUAGUCACGGUCAUUGGAUACUUUUUCAUGAUAAUAGGAAUUCUUGGAGCAAUCAUUCCAGCUAUUUUUGGCAUACAAAUAUUAUCAGUAACAAAUCACACGGAUCAGCAUAAGGCAUUACUAUUCUUGACAUAUGACUUCUAUGAUUCAGAUAAGAGUCCGCAAUUUGAAUUGACGUUUUGUAUUCAUAUUGUAUCGCUCGUAUUAGUGGGUAAUGUAUAUAUGUUUGUAGAUAGUUUUUUAGUUCUGAUAAUUCUUCACGUUUGUGGACAGUUAGAAAACUUUAGAUGUCGACUAAUUAAUAUGGUGUCAUGCAAGAACUUUGACAGAAAGUUAAAUAACAUCGUAGCGUCACAUUUACGUGUGAUCAGAUUUGCCGAUAAAAUUGAAAAUACAUACUCUUUAAUGAUGUUAAUUAUGUUACUUCAUUUCAUUAUUGUAUUUUGCCUAAGCGGGUUCUGUUUACUAUUAGAAAUGGAAGAUAUUACGACAAAAAUUUAUUUUUCGAUAAUUAUGCUUACAAUCUUAUUAAUAAAUACUUUUUUGUACUGUGCUGCAGGAGAACUUCUAACGGAACAAUGCAAUGCGGUAUAUCAUGCAAUAUGCAAUCUUGAAUGGUACAAAUUGGAAUCAAGAAAUGCGAGAAAUCUUAUUUUACUAAUAAUUCGAGCACGCCAUCCUUGUUACAUUACUGCAGGAAAAAUUAUUCCAUUAACAGUGGCUACUUUUUCCAGCGUAUUAAAAACCUCGUGCGGAUAUAUAACGUUUUUACUGGCAAAACGUGCUUAAGAAUUAAGAUAAUAUAUUAAUAUUCAUGUACCACAAAAAAAUAAAUGUAUAUUCAACUAAAUAA